UCGCUUGUGAAAACGUAUUACAACAGUCACUGACCCGUUUUGCGAACCUCGGAUCCAACUGGUUCCAUGCUUCCAUGUAGACAUACCCUAGCCACGGCAAAAAUUUAUUCAAGCAGUCAUCUGAAGGCCUUUGUGGCAUUUCUCACAUGGAACGGCACCAGUUUUCUGUCUGCAGGCUGCUCGAAAGUGGGAGUUUUUCUUUUUCUUUUCCUGCACAAGGAAGUGGGAGUUUUAGUGUUCAUGACAUGAGUUUGCCCGUAAAAAGGGACGAACUGGAGAAACAAAAAGACAAGUAAAACCCUAAAAAUAGAAAUAGAAGAUGUUGAGGAUCGCUGGCAGAAGAAUCUCAUCAUCUUUAUCAUGGAGAUCUAAUCAUACUUCUGCAGCUAUCGUAUCCAGAAAUCUAAUCAACAGUGGAGAGACAACGACUACUACUUGUGACGAUGACUUUUUCUCCUCGAAGAAAUCUUUCUAUCUUGGUUCAAUCAGAGGGUUUGCAUCUGAAUCACUCGCCCCAAAACAAGAUAGAACUCCAGAAGUCCCUGCAACUGUGGCGGCUGUCAAGAACCCAACCCCAAAGAUUGUAUAUGAUAAUUAUAACCAUGAGCGUUAUCCCCCUGGAGAUCCUAGCAAGAGGGCGUUUGCUUACUUUGUUUUGUCGGGCGGAAGAUUUGUGUAUGCUUCUCUUGUCCGAUUACUGGUCCUCAAGUUUGUGCUUAGCAUGUCUGCUAGUAAAGAUGUACUCGCGCUGGCUUCCCUCGAGGUUGAUCUGUCCAGCAUUGAGCCUGGGAGCACUGUCACUGUCAAGUGGCGUGGCAAGCCAGUCUUCAUCAGGCGUCGAACUGAUGAUGAUAUUAAACUUGCCAAUAAUGUUGAUUUGGCAUCCCUUCGUGACCCGCAACAAGAUGCAGAGCGGGUUACGAACCCAGAGUGGCUGGUUGUUGUUGGAGUGUGUACACAUCUCGGCUGCAUCCCGCUUCCUAAUGCUGGGGAUUUUGGUGGGUGGUUUUGCCCAUGCCAUGGGUCCCACUAUGAUAUUUCUGGAAGGAUUCGGAAGGGGCCAGCACCGAAGAACUUGGAGGUACCCACUUACAGCUUUUUGGAAGGCAACAAGUUAUUGAUUGGUUGAGGAUUUUGCUGUGGUUCUUUUUGAGAGAUUUUUAUUUUCCUACAGCAUACAUUCUUUCUCGUUUUCUUCAUCAGUUAAGUGUAGCUGGUAUUUAAGAGAGGCCUUAACAAGUGGGUUUGGGGCACUGUAAUAACCUAGCUUCUGUUUUCUAUCUCAAUGCAUAUACUUAUACGUUUUUUAUGAAAAUGAAAAAUGAAUUUUCUUGUAGCUGGUUUAAAUGGGUUAUAUAGUUGAGAGGGAAAAAGGGCUUGUACAACAAUGUCAAUGAUUUAUGUUAUUGAUCU